UCUACCUCUCUCUCACGCACAUACGCACGCUGGUGCUGACUAGAUUAGAAAAAACAUGGCUCAGAUCGUUUCAGAAAGCAGCAAACGGAGUGACGGACACCCGCUGUGCCGUUGUGUCUACUGCUGCGAUCCAGCAGCAGCUGCGCUGGGACUAGUUUUUACUGUUGCAUCUCAUUCUCGUGAUCCUCUCCUGACAUGUAGAUGUACACCCUGGCCAGGAUUUAUAAAACACCCUUCAUUGGCCUGGAUGCACUCAGACGCACUGUUGGACCCACGCAGACGCCAGGAAAAGCCUGAAGCGCAGCCAGUAUUGGCAGAAAUCAGCUGUGCGGUCGAGAAGGAGAAGGCGAGGCAAGCCAACCGACCAAGCCCAGUCCCACAAGGCCGUCAUCCUCAUCUGUUCAUUGAGCCCACCGCAUAAGCUGGUCCGUCGUGGUUACCAAAUACACACUGUACAACCAGUGUUGCUAGCUGUGCAGGCAGCAUUGUCUGCAGUGGAGUAUUGUGAGUGAGGUUAUCUGGGGACCUCACCGUUCGUGCUGCUACUACUAGUAAUGGAGUCAUGUACAUCAUGUCGAGGAGCCAGUGGACGGUCGGCAUUGGCAGACGACCCAUCGGGACAUCGCCACCAUCAUUUCUCCUUACCCAACAUGGCUGACAUGCUUCGGACGUUUCUCAUCAUCCUGCUGCUAGCAUGCCAGACUCAGUGUGCCACCAAGAGACGGAAAUUCUCGCUCUGGCUGAAGGAGGGAAAUGACCUUCAGCGAAAGCUAGGAAUGAAGUACCCAAUCUACCUGGUGGAUAACGGCCAGCACGGCAAGGACUUCGAGGCGAAUCAGAACAAGUGGACCUGGCAGACCUCACCGAUCCAGGGCAAUGUGGACGCGUACGAGUUCCAGUGGCAGGCGAUAUCCAGAAAAGUCCGCUACGAGAUCAUCGUCAGCUCGGAAUUCCCUCACUUCCUGCCAACGCCUAAAGUGGAGGGUGUGCCAAUGAGCGGCGAAGUACCUCAGACCCUGCAAAAUUUCAGUAUCCAUUUCCCAUGUAAUCCUGAUGCGGAUGAGCACCACGUCAUGAUCAAUAUGGAGUUUCGCUUCUACAAAGGAGUACGGCGAACGGUACCGCUGUUCGGGCCAGGACAAACCAUGCUAAGACUUGUGCGCCAAUGUCCUAGAAGAAGACAACAGAUGACACAAGUGCAACAUCAACCAGAGUGUGAGCGAGUGUGCGGUCUCAGGAGGAGGCAAGGCAGAGACAUUCGCCAGAGUCUGUGCAGCUCUGAUUACAUAAUUCGUGCCAACGUGACCAGUGAAUACAGUCCUCUGGACCCGGGAACAGGCGUCAUGCUAGCAGUGGAGAGACAGUACCGCGGACUCAAGAACGGCGCCAAGGACGAGAAGAAACACUUCACGGAGAGCGUGGCCAUGCCAGUUAGCUACCACGUGUCCGACUGUGACUGUAUCAAAUACUUGCACAGAGGAGAGCAGUAUCUCUUCUUCACCACGCUGCAUGACGGCCGACCUGUGUUUACCGAGCACAGUCUAGUAGCGGUGUACAACAGGAAAGCAAGACGAGUACUCAAGAGAUUACGAGAAAUGAAAACCAUCUGCCGCAACGGGAGGUUUGUGCCUUUCGGACACCUGUGGUAGCAAUACUCGAAUCGUCAUAUGGAUUUAAUCUGACAAUCCUGUGCAAUACCGUUGAAACAUUUUCCUUAUUUCUACGUGCAAUUUCCUUCUUGAGAGAUGUUGAGUUCAGCUUGGUACCGCUCGAAUAAUAUAAUCUUGAUUUUCCUGACCAUUUUCCGUAAGUUAUAUCGUUGAACAAUCAAUCCUACUCAUACGUCUCUCCAACUAUUAUACCCAUGAUCCAAUAUACACUGCAACAUCACGUACACGUGCAGUAUGCAGUCUUCAAUGUCCUGAUUCUCCAGUCACAAUCAGUCAUGCAGAUCUUUGUGCAGGUCAACUCUGACUGAUUGAGAAUUAUUCUUUCGCCGGGCUUUCUAUGGAAUGAGGAAUGAGCUGCAUCAGAUUAAUACCAGUCCUAUCGUCACACCAUUGACAGUCUAGAGCUCAACAUUAAUGUUAUCGCCGCCUAUAGCCUGGAUAAGUAAAUGUUAACGUUUCAACUAAAGGCUCAAACACUAACUCUACUUUAAAUAUGGAUAGAAACGCAAAGUAACGAUAGCAUAGUCACUAACUAAGUUGUAAGAUUCUGAUGCUCUAUUGCCACUCA